GGUGCUUGAUCUGGGCACUAGGUUUUUACAAAGCUAAAAGUUUUGAAUAGUUUUGUGGGUAGGGUCUCGAAUUACCCACUUUAGAUUGCUUUCAAAUGUCUCAGAAGAUUAAACAAAAUGGAGAUAAGAAGGAAACAUCGUGGGACCUUCAAGAUGGAACCCGUUCCAGAGAAGGGGAUCUUCACUGUCAACUAUGUUGGAAGCAGUGACGAGCCGCACGGAGACGUCAUAUCACCUGGAGUACAUGGCGUUUUUAGACAGAAAUCAUUUGGAGCAUGCGAUCGCCAAUUAACCACAUUAACUUCGUACGCAAAAGCUGCUCGGCUGUCGAUUGGAACAGCGGCUGUAGGAAUCGGAAAUUUAUUCAAUCGCAAGAUGGCGGCCAGUGUGAAUGCUUCAUGUCCGUGGCCAAAUAGUGAAAAUGAUUACGAAUUACGGGAUGUUAUUGGCGUGGGAGCCACAGCUGUUGUUUAUGGGGCUUUUUGUAAACCUCGGAGUGAAAAAUGUGCCAUUAAAAGAAUUAAUUUAGAGAAAUGGAAUACAUCCAUGGAUGAACUUCUGAAAGAAAUCCAGGCCAUGUCAAGCUGUAAUCAUGAAAAUGUAGUAACAUACUACACUAGUUUUGUUGUAAAUGACGAGCUAUGGCUUGUGCUCAGGCUCUUAGAAGGUGGGAGUUUAUUAGAUGUUAUCAAACAUAAAAUGAAAGUUUCCAACUGUAAACAUGGAGUAUUUGAUGAGGCCACCAUUGCCACUGUCCUCAAAGAAGUAUUAAAAGGCCUAGAAUAUUUUCACAGUAACGGACAGAUCCAUAGGGAUAUAAAGGCUGGAAACAUUCUAUUAGGAGAAGAUGGGACUGUCCAAAUUGCUGAUUUUGGUGUGUCUGCUUGGUUGGCCACUGGAAGAGAUCUGUCCAGGCAAAAAGUGCGCCAUACAUUUGUUGGAACUCCAUGUUGGAUGGCGCCAGAAGUUAUGGAACAGGAUCACGGAUAUGAUUUCAAAGCAGAUAUCUGGUCAUUUGGUAUAACUGCGAUUGAAAUGGCGACAGGCACUGCACCUUACCAUAAAUAUCCACCGAUGAAAGUGUUGAUGCUCACAUUACAAAAUGAUCCACCAAAUUUAGACACGGGAGCCGAUGAGAAGGAACAAUAUAAGGCCUAUGGCAAAACUUUUAGAAAAAUGAUCGUAGAUUGUUUGCAAAAAGAUCCUUCAAAGCGGCCUACAGCUACUGAGUUACUAAAACAUCCAUUCUUCAAAAAAGCAAAAGACAGGAAAUAUCUAACACAGACUCUAGUUGCUAUUGGGCCUAGCAUGGAGACAAGAGUCCAUAAGGCGAGCAAACGUCAACCGGGAGCCUCUGGCCGUUUGCACCGCACGCUGACCGGAGGAUGGGUUUGGAGCGAGGAGGAAGAGGAGGCAGCCGAGGCCCAGGAUUCUGACGAGGACUCCUCGGUAGGAGAGGACAAGAGGCCCAUGAAUCAGCUGCAGCGGGCCGAAUCCAGCGGCAGUGAUAAUGACGAGGAACCAAGCGAGAGUAAAGAAACUAAGAAGCCUAUACAAGAAGCUAGGCCAGCCGACCAAAAUGGACCUCAAGUCAUUAAUCUAGUUCUUCGUUUGAGGAACGCCCGCCGUGAGCUGAACGAUAUUCGCUUCGAGUUCAUAAUGGGCAAGGACUCCGCAGAAGGUAUCGCCACCGAGCUGGUUGGAGCGGGCCUGGUGGACCCUCACGACUCUGUGCCUAUCUCGCUGAACCUCGCAAAGCUGCUGGAUGCUCAGGUCCAGGCAUUGACCACCCCUCCCAAGGCUGUCACAUUCCAUUUGAAUUCUGCUGGACCCAACGAACAAUUCGACGACAAAGCGUUAAUAGGUUUCGCGCAAAUUUCCAUCGUUGAUUAAGGAGGUCUAACUACGGGAAAACUUGAUCAAAAUUGCGUCUGACUCGAUCGGCUUGUAGUUUCUCCACCUGAGUCUGUUCCUAGGUCGAAGCGCUUUAGAGGAACAGAACUCAAGAACCGACUCAAGCGGUAGAAGCAUAGUUAUCUUACCCCUAGUCUAGUUAUUCUAUGUACUUCUAUUUAUUUAUGGUGCUAGCGGUUGAAAAGGCACGGCCUUUGACCUCCGUAUAGAAUACGAGGCGAUAGAAAAAAAUAAAAAAAAAUGGUUUUCCCUGUAGUCUAUAGUCUACUAGUCCGUGAGCACGUAGAAUUUUGUCCAAUGACCCCAAGCUACCCAUCCUUAUCGCUCGCGCGUAAUUAUGUUGCUAUCGCGCUCCCACACUCACUGCGGGUGCCAGUCGCACAGUCGCGACAGCAAUAUAAUUACGCGCGAGCGAUAAGGAUGGGUAGCUAGGGGUCAUUGGACAAAAUUCUACGUGCUCACGGACCGGGGUUUAGUGGUAUGUAUUUCAUCACAGGCCAUCAACUUGUACCGAGCCAAAGAUGUUUUUAAUUCAUUUAAUGUAAGCGGCGUUGACGUGUCUUUUUGUUCUAUGAGAAUACAUCUGGUUUAUAAAAAGUUAUUUAGUGAGAGGAAAAUUUCUAAAAUAUACCGAAGAUGUAUUGCAAUCACGAACAAUGAUGUUACUGUCUGUAGUACCUAUUAAGCUGUUUCGAUUGAAUCAUUUUAUUUUGUUCAUUGCAAUUUAUUAAAUUAUAAGAAAAAAUAUUAUUGUUCGAUUACAUUCGUACAGGUAUUAGAAUUUUAUUAGAGUAUCAAAUUUACCAAUGAUUGAAUGAUUAAUAUAUACUUAUUAAAUAUUAUUUAUAGCCUGACCAGGAACAUAAAAACCCUGGCAUAGAGGCGCUUCAAUUGCAUUUGAUAGUGCAACACUGGGUACAGUCGUACCUGUAUUAAAUUAAUAGGCUAACUUUAUGUAUCAGGAUUCAGGAUUAUAGGCUAAUUUAAUAUUUUCAUAAAUUAACAAAAACAUAUUAUAUUAUAGGUAAACUGGUUUAAAUAAAUUAAAUGAAACCAUCAAUCGAGCAAGUAGGAUUUUAUUAUUAUUCAUCAAUAAUCAAAUUCUGAACUUGAAUAUUCAACUACAAUGUCUGCUCAUGAACGCUUCAAACUCGGUACUUCUUUCCCAAUUCCAUAAAAUUCAAUACUUACAAAGUGACAAAAAACUUUAAAAUAGGUAGUUGAAACAAACCACAGCUAAUUUUCAUAGUUGACUGUACUAUACGAUAAACAUGUCAGUCAAUUUGACAACCUUUGUCGGAAACAUUAAUCAAUGAAAAUAUUGUCCGAACCCAUAGUAUUUCUCUUCGACAAAUACUUUAACACAUUGUGAACCACUUUUCUUUCACGACUAUAAAAAGAUUUUAGCAAUUUAAUUCACAAAAUCAAUUGCGCACAUUUAAAAUAAAGUUUGUUUACACUUUGACAGCAAUAGACUGACAUGCAAGGUGACAUGUCAAUGAAGUUUUCAGUUACUGUUGCCAUUAAAAGAAAUUAGUACCAUUAAUUUUCCGCAACAUGGCGAGGGUUUUUAUGUUCCUGGUCUGGUCAGGCUAUAUCUCUUUAAAUAUAUAUAACAUACUGGAGUUUCAGGUUUUAGUUAUGAUGACUAAAAAAAGGGCAGAUAUUGACGAAUUUCAUUAUGAUCUGAUUUUACAUUUUAGUUAACCUCCGUGUAUAAAUGCAUGAAUUUAUAACUAUUCUUAUGAACAUCAUGGUAUUAUGUACAUUAUACACUAUUCCUAGCUUUUAUUUAUAUUUUAAUAGUCCGUGUAGUGUUUUUAUUUUUGUGUAUGUGAUUCACACGGUCGUCCGGUCGUCUUAAGACUAAAAUGUUUGAUGACACCAGUUUUUUUUAAAUUAGUAUUAUCUACGGGUCAUUAUUAUACAGACUGAACAAAAUAAUUAUAAAGCCCCAUCUUGCGUCUAAGUGCUGCAUAUGAAAAUGAUAAAUCAAUAUGUAAUCUUAAGAUUUCUGGUGGCUAAAAAGCUGGUGUCAUGUUAAUAAAGAUACGCUAGUUGUAUAACCGGUCUUUCUGAACACCGAAAUCAACAAGCGAUUUUCGUAUUUCCUCGAUUUCUAAUGGUGCUGCGCAAUUUGAGCUUGGCGAGCCGUCAAGUAGAAUAUUUCCUCGUCAAUAUCACCUAUUCGUACCAACGUCAAGUACAAAUUGAUGUAACUCGAACAAAUAGAACUUAGGUAUUAUAUUUCUAUUGUGUUUUCAUGGAUUCAGAGAAAACAAGUGUGUAAGCAGGUUUCAAGAAACUAUCAGGUCCAAAUUAAAAUGACAACCCGCUUGAUCCAUAUGAUUUCACUACAAAAUAGAAAAAACAAACAAGAAGGCCAACUCGAGCCCCGAGCGAGCUAUAAUAGCCUAAACACGUCAGGGUGUCGCUCUCGCUAUAGUUUAUUCAAUCGUCAAAACUGCAUUACUCAAUUUAAAUACCAAAUAUUUUUUCCUGUAGAGAGCGUUUAUCCAUAUUAUAAAGUUUUUUAAAUUAUUUUUUGUUCAUAGGCAAGGACCUGACUAUAUUGUUUUUCAUUACCAACGUGUAUCUUUCAGAGAUAAGAAAAAUUGCUUUCGAAAAGGGGCGAAAAAGUUAACAAAACGUGGCUUUAACGAAUCAUGUAUUUAUUUAAUAAAAUAAAAUGAUUAUGAAAUUGAAUAUUUUUUACAAUAACUUCAAAAUAAUACGCAUUAAAAGUUUAGAGAAGGCAUUUUUUUUUUUAGCAAAGGUGAUUUUUAAUUGUAUUUCAAGACCCCGUACUCGUAUGUAAAAUUAUAAAAUACUAUGUUUGUAUUUCAGAUUACCGGAGUAGGGUUUUUGAUGCAUUUUGAGAAAGUACUGGUAGCUCCUCGCUAACUUACACGAGCAAACUUGAAAACUCCAUACGUAAAAUUUAUCUCAACAGGUUUAAAUUGAGUAUUUAUGAAACAUGUACAGUGUA